AUGGCUCAAGAAAAAACGAACAAAGAACUAAAUCGACAUAACAACACCCCAAAAACAGCAGCGACUACCGCAGUAGAUGCGUUAUUAAUGGAGGGUGGUCGCCUUGGGGUUCAUGGAGUGAAUGUAGCCAACUCUGUAAUAAUGGCACACAAGACCGCACACGAAGUUGCACGGAUCCAGCUCCCAGUGGUGGAGGUAGUUACUGUCCUGGGCAAUCUCAAGACACCCAAUCCUGCAACACAGACAGAUGCCCGGAAAUGUGACAGCUCCAGCAAGACAUCAUGGACAAACGAUGAUGCUCUUGCAUGUAACGAUGGCAAUGUAUGCACCUCUAACGAUCGCUGCUCCGGUGGAAAAUGCGUUGGUACGCAACUCAACUGUUUGGCGUCAUGUGAGGAGUGUUACAAUGAUGCCUGCCGAGUAAAAUCAGGAUACUGCGUAAUCUUUGAAAGAGGGUCAAAAACAUGUUUUACUGAUGGAGAUUCGAGGCCGGGGCGUCCAUGUCAGAAAUGCGACACUAGUAAAAGUGUAAGUACUUGGUCAGACAAUGACGGGGUGGCGUGCAACGAUAGUGACCGCUGUACUCGAAAUGAUAAGUGCAGUAAUGGCCAAUGCAGGGGCGCACUUCUCAGCUGUAACUCCAUAUGUCAGUACUGUAGUGGGAACAGUUGUGGCCUAAAGGCUGGGUAUGGCUUUUCCAACAGCAAAUGCAAAUGUAAAAUGAACGGUCAAGACUAUGAUCAUCAAGCCUUAAAUCCAUCAAAUCCGUGUCAACGGUGUGAUUUGUUAGAUGCAGUAGCCCGCGCUGGCAAUACAUGGUCCGAUCACAACGGUGCACAUUGCGAUGACAACGACAAGUGUACGAAAAGGGACGUGUGUAAUGGUGGAAGUUGCAAAGGACAGAGAUACAGGUGCCAAUCGUCUUAUCCAUCCUCGAUCUGCAUAAGAACAUCUGAAUGUGUUGGAGAUGGAAGUUGUCGGGAUAUUAUGAGGACAAAUGGGAUAGUAUGUCGAUCUGCUGUUGACAUGUGUGAUCAACCCGAAAAGUGUGACGGCAGCCAUGGGACGUGUCCUAGCUUUGCAGUUGAUAGAGUUAAUGUCACGGCAGGCACUGUUACCAUCGUUGACCAGAACUUCCAUGACACAAUUUUCUACCAGCAUGUCACCGACAAACUUUUCAUUAAAAUCUCUGGCUUCAAUGUAUCGUGUGGAAAAGUAAAUCUGAGAUGGUUUCUUCUGCCAGGAGCGUCCAGUUGCUCUGGUUCGUCACUCGCAAAUGGCGUCUUAAAAAACACCAACAGCCUGCAAACUUUAUCAGGGUUGACCUUUCAAGAUAAUAAAAGUUACAAAAUUUCCGUCGCUGCAUCUGACUUGAGGGACAAAGAACAACAUCGUGAAUGCAGUUUGGCUGUAAUCGUGGACACUUCAAAACCAACACACGGAUGGGUUCACGAUGGGGCAGCAGAGGACCUGGAUUAUCAAUCUUCCAAGCUUUUCCAAGUCAACUGGGGAGGAUUUCAAACCAGAAAUGGUGUUGACAAGUACGAGUGGAAAGUUCUUCUAACUUCGUAUGGGAGCUCUCAGAACACAGAGUUAACCAUUUUCUCCAACACGAACCUGAAUACUCGUAUGAACAUCACAAUUAGCAAUGUAACUGAUGGUUCCAAGGUCCAAUUUGUCGUUCGUGCCUACACAAAAGCAGGACUUUAUAGAGAAGUUAAGAGUAAUGGAAUAAUUUUUGACAGCACGCCGCCUAUAGCAGGAAAAGUCUUUGCUGGGACUAAAAAUACCAGCGACGUCAAAUACGCCACCUGGAGAAAAAAGUUUUUCGCAUAUUGGAAUCCUUUCAGUGAUCCUCAAACAACUAUCUGGCGAUACACAUGCGCGAUUAAAAAACAAGGUGAACUGUUUAGCACUGCCUAUAGAGACAACGCUCUCAAUCGAACAGCAACAUUUGGUGAAUUAAACUUAGUCUCUGGAGAAAAAUACUGUGUAGUCGUGAGAGGCUACAAUAUGGCUGGUCUGUACACUGAAGCUACUUCUGACUGUGUGUUGAUAGACUACGACGCUCCCCGGGCCGGCAUUGUUAACGAUGGAAGUUUCGCUGACAUAGACUACCAAUCAAACAAUACCGUGCUAGCAGCAAACUGGAAUGGUUUCACAGAUGGAAACAGAGGAAGUGGAAUUAUAGAGUACAAGUACAAGAUUACGCAAGAGAAUGGAGUCACCAUUCUAAACUGGACAUCAGCAGGAAAUGAAACAAACAUUAUCGUGUCUGGUCAGUCCUUAGAGGGUGAUUCCAAAUACUUUGUUACAGUCAGCGCAAUUGAUGUAGUGGGUCUUAGCGCCAGUGCAACCAGUGAUGGAGUUCUUGUUGACAACAGCCUUCCACUGAAAGGACAGGUUUAUGAUGGUAGUGAUCCAGGCUCAGACAUGAAGUAUGCCUCAUGGAAUGACACAUUUAGCGCAAACUGGGAACCUUUUAUCGAUGCACAAUCUCCAUUGCUCAAGUACUCGUGGGCAGUACAGCUACUGAAUGGUAGUUACGUCUCCUCUUUCAGCUCCACGGGACUUUCCCACUCCGCAACAGCAAGAGACCUACACUUAGUUUCUGGAGAACGUUACUGUGCCGUUGUCAAAGGCUACAACCAAGCUGGUUUAUUUUCGGAAGCCACAUCAGACUGCUUGCUCAUAGAUCACGAUCCUCCACAAGCAGGUACUGUGAAUGACGGGUAUGCUGAUGACUCGGAUUACCAGUCAGAAAGUACCCGCAUAACAGCAAACUGGAAUGGUUUCACUGACGGAAUCAAAGGAAGUGGAAUUGUUAAGUAUGAGUACAAAGUAUCAAACGCCAAUGGAAACAUCGUGGUCCCUUGGAAAAAUGUUGGUAAUGCGAAAAACAUAACUACCAGCUGUUUGUCCUUAAUUAGUAACACCAUUUACUUCGUCACCAUAAAAGCCAUAGAUGCUGCUGGUCUAAGCUCUAGUGCGACCAGUGAUGGAGUUCUAGUCGACACGAGUCCUCCUCGAGCGGGAAAGAUUUAUGACGGAGGUCACCUUGGUUCAGAUUCAAAAUACGAAACAUGGAAUGACACAUUCAGUGCAAACUGGGAUCCUUUCAUUGAUCCACAGUCUUUAAUACUAAAAUAUGACUGGGCGGUGAAAGAAAUGAACAAUCGCUAUAUAACUUCUUUCUUCAAAAUUGGACUCAACACCAUUGCGAAUGUAACGAGACUGAAAUUAUUUUCAGGACAGAGAUACUGUGCAGUUGUAAGAGGUUACAACAGAGCUGGUCUUUAUACGGAAGCUGCAUCAAAUUGUGUUCUGAUAGAUCGUAACGUUCCUCAGGCCGGCACAGUCAAUGAUGGAUAUCUUAGUGACGUAGACUAUCAAUCGAAUGACACCUUGAUAUCUGCCAACUGGUAUGGCUUCACGGACGGUAAAAAUGGAAGUGGUAUUGUGGACUACAAAUACAAGGUUGUGGACGAGAACGGAAGCAUUUUUUUAGACUGGACAUCUGUGGGGAACGCUACAAGUUUUUCUAAAGGGGGCUUGCUCCUGAGAAAUAACAUCAGAUACUUUGUAACUGUUAAUGCAACAGAUGCCGUUGGUUUGAGUACGACUGCAUCUAGCGAUGGUUUUCUAGUUGACAUCAGCCACCCAAUCACGGCGAAGAUUUACGAUGGCAGUCAAACAGGAUCUGACGUGAAAUAUGCAUCGUGGAUCAAUACUUUCAGUGCUAACUGGGAACCUUUCCUUGAUGAACAAUCUUUUAUCUUGAAAUAUACUUGGGCAGUAUAUCAUCUCAACGUCGGUUUCAUUACACAAUUUAUCUCUACUGGUCUUAAUUGUUCUGGAACUGCAAACAACCUUAAGCUAAUUUCUGGAGAGAAGUACUGUGCUGUUGUAAGAGGCUACAACAAAGCCAUGUUGUACUCUGAGCGCUCCUCAGACUGUGUACUUAUUGAUCGUGACGCCCCUCAAGCAGGGGCUGUCAACGACGGAGGCUCCAGAGAUGUAUCUUACCAAGUAGAUUCUACCAUGAUUGCAGCAAAUUGGCAUGGUUUCACGGACGGCACAAAAGGUAGCGGCAUUGUAGAAUAUAAGUACAAGAUAACAGACAGCUGUGGAACGGCUAUUGUACCCUGGACAUCUUCUAAGACCGCGAAAAGUAUAAUCCACACAGGUUUAUCUCUGACGAUGGCCGAAAAGUACUCCGUGAGUGUCAUGGCAAUUGACGCUGUAGGUCUCACGGCUGUUGCCGCAAGUAAUGGUGUUAUUGUUGCCGUAGGUAAGAAGAGCAAUUUAUGCCUUUUUGAACAUCUAAAUGGUGCACGUGAAGUGGUAAAAAGAGACAAGAGUAAAAGUUAA